UUAAGCUACCAUUAAAAAAAAAUAGUUUGAUUUUCUGUUGAACUUGACUUUUGUAAUUUUGAAGAAACAGCUUUUUCCAGUGGAGAUGGCCAGCACAGUUUUGCCCAGCUGUUCUCAUCACCCCUCCGACAAAACGUGCUAAUGGCAGCUAGCGUGCCCCGCUACAGCACAGAUGAAAUUGCAAGGGCAGAUGGGCAGCCUUCAGCUCUCAGUAUCGUGUGAAGUCUGAGAUCCUCAGGCAGACACGGCGAGAGCCAGCAAAUCUCUCAGAGAGCUAAAAUCCUGGCUGAGUCUCAAAUUCUCUGUACGGGAAAGAAAUAGCUGUAAUCUGCUAGAAAAAGCAGAUGUGCGGGGGUCAUUCCAGCAGCUACAUCUGCCGUGCUUCCUCCACCUCACCCCGCCUUGUAAGACCGACUCGUCCUUUUCCUCGUGACCGAUAGCAAGAAUAGGCACGCACAAACGCCAGUCACGUUCUAUUUGUUCUGUAGGAUGGUUAUUCUCUCUUUGACCCGUGCAGCAGCCCUACUAAGCCCUGCUGCUCCCUCGUUGUCUGAGGGAAGGUGUCCGUCCUUGUGGCUGUGCUUGUGUGGGAACGGUGCUGGGAACAGAGGCAGUCCUGGCCCUACACCAGCUUAGCCCACUGCCCAUGCUGGGGUAAGGAUCAGACCUGCGGGGCACGUUUCCACCCGCAGGUGCUCUUGUCAGUCUCCUAGCCCAGGGCAGGGCACCGAAGCCCAGCAGCUCUUCCCGUAAAAGUUCUUCCCAGAGCUGCCCGACGCCCUUCAGAGACAGCCACAUCCCGUCACGGAAUCUUUAGGACAGACAGCUCGCUUCCUCCCUCCUCCCUGUCGCCGCUCGGAGCCGGCCCGAAGGCGCCCCACAAGAUGGCGCCGCACCGCUUUCGGGCGGACCCGGAGUAAAGAUGGCGGCGGCGCCUUCUUCCGCUUCCGCAGUGUCGACGGCCGUCCCGCCCUCAGUAGCGAUGGCGGCUCCCUGUGCGGUGUGGCUGGAGGACCAGGUGGAGCGGGUGCCUUGCCCCUACGACGCCCAUCACCGUGUGCCGCGGGCGUCGUUGGAGAGGCAUGCGGCGUCCUGCCGCCUCCGCAAGAUGGGCUACUCCGCCGAAGAGCAGGCCGAGAUGUACGACUCUCGCUUCUUCUAUGAGAACCUGAAGGUGCCCACCGUUGCAAUGGAUAAAGAGCUACAGUUUCACAUAGUUCAGCAAGCUAGAGCUCAGAGUGCUAAAGAAGGCAUAGGCUACCCUGAAGGAUCUUAUUCAUCACUGCCUGUAGAAGUUCCUCAAAAUCACAAGCGUUUCACCUGUGACCUGACUCAAGCUGACCGUCUUGCUCUUUAUGAUUAUGUUGUUGAGGAAACAAAGAAACAGAGGUCUAGGUCGCAAAUCACAGAAAAUGAUAGUGACCUCUUUGUGGAUUUAGCAGCCAAGAUCACUCAAGAUGACAGUCAGAAAGGUCCAAAGUCCCAUCUUGAAAUUCUGGCUGAAAUGCGAGACUACAAAAGGCGACGGCAGUCAUACAGGGCUAAGAACGUUCAUAUAACAAAGAAAUCUUACACUGAGGUGAUUCGGGAUGUGAUUGGUGUACAUAUGGAGGAACUCAGCAGCCACUGGCAGGAAGAGAAUAGGUUGGAGAACGCAGAGAUCUGUGAAGGGGGAAAGUCAAAGUCUUCAGGAAGAAAGGAAGACAGGCGCUCAGCUUCAGUGGAGUCGAGGCAAUCUGGAGGGAGCUCAAAGGACACUGAACGCACCAGGCAUAGGCGAGAUAGCAGCAGGAGUCCAAGUAAAAGAAAAAGGAGUCGUGACAGAGGGAAGGACAGAGAUUCUCGGAGGAAAAGAGAAAGGGAAGAAGACAAGUAUCACAGCCAUAAAAGAAGAAAGUAGAAACAAGAACAUAAUGAGUUUGUUUGUUCAAAGAAUUGCUUGCACAGGAUGUAUUGUUACUGCUGUUAUGCCAGAGACAGUAAUGCUGUGAACAUAA